GUCACUCGCGAUAGUGUUAACUCAAGAUGAAAAUGUUACUAGCUGUUGCAAAAGGAUGGUAUACAUUUAUGAACUGACGUUUCGACCCUUGUAGAGCCUUUCUCGAAGGAUAAAAGAAAGUAUUUAAAUCAGUAGCUCAGAAGCAGUGAAGUGGAAAGAAAUAUUUUAAGAGAUAUAAAAAGAAUUCUCGUCGGUGUGUAAUGUCUGCAACUAACCGUAUAACGCUCCAGCUACCAGCUACUAACAGACGGGUUGCAGUGGUUUCUCAAUAUGACCGGAAGAACGGAGGCUCGGCGGGUAGUCGACCAGGGUUGAACCGACGGAGGACCACUACUUCACUGACUGAAGAUGAGGUGGUCAAACCAGAGAGGCCUCCGGGACCCACGCCCUAUGACAGAUUCAAAUUAAAAGCCAAUGCUGUAAGAUGGUUGUGUAUGGCAUGCAUCAGCUACAUGAGGUCAGCUUCAGAGAACGCUCUGAAAGGCAGCCUCUUGGAAGUAGUCCAGACGAUAAUGGCAGAGGCAGAGAACGAAGCGAAACGGACCGGCAAUGAUGGGACGUUACCCCGCGGGAUCAUCAGCUCAGCCUACCCUGAUAUGACGUUUGAUGCCUCCGAAUAUCAGCGCUUUUCAAAGAGAGGGGAAGGAAUUCCCAAGAAAAUCAAGGAACUUCUAAUGCUACCAGAAGAGGAAAGGACCAAGGAACAAAUAGAAAAUAUUGUGAGAAGUAUGCAACAUGUUGAGGAAUUUGCCAAAUACCCUCCUGAGGUUCAGAAGAAAAUGUGUGAAUACGCCUGGUAUGAUGAAUAUGGCCCUAAUCGUGUCGUCAUCAAGGAGGGCCAGGAGGCUGAAGGAGUGUACAUCGUUCUCUCUGGAAGUUUAACGGAAACUCUUGCAGGACAAUCAUACUUGCUGAAUAAGGGAGAUAAAUUUGGGGAGGUGGAUUUAAUACGAGGAAGUAAAAGAACGAGUACAGUGAUGACCAAGAACAAGGUGGAGAUGUUUUGCCUUCAUUCGGAGGACUAUGCUGAAGUAUUUGACACCAAGCUGAAUAUCAAACCAGAGGCGUGUAUAGAAUACUUAGGCACAAUACCAGUGUUCCAGAUGUGGGGCGGUCUGGAUAAACUCCUAGACUCACCAGUCAACUGGGGCAUUCAGAACUACAGACCUGGUCAGGUAAUUGUUCCGGACAGUAACAGCAAUGAUUGGAUUUAUGUGGUCAAAUCAGGAACGUGUGACGUUCUAAAGCGACUGGUACCCGGCGUGUGCGCCCUUGAUCCAACCAAGCGGUAUAACAAGGAGUAUAAGAAAGCUAUGGGGGCCAUAGAGAUGAGUCGGGUACAUGACAACAAGAGACCAGGAGCUAAUCAGAAGGUUAUACCACAGAUAAGAACACCUCAAGGCUCUGCGGGAUCAUUAUCGGCACCGGCAGGACGAGCCACCUUUUUGACGACGCCGACUGUGCAGAGUGCUGGGAGCAGUCCGUCCAAGCAGAGGACUCCAAUAUCUGGUAUUCCAGACAGCAUCGUUGAUAGACGACAGAAUCUUAAACCAGGAAUGUGGACCGAGUCACUGAGCAAGAAACCUAGAAAGAUGAAGGAAAGUGGAGGGAUGAAUGGCUGCAUCAAGCGAGGGAGUGAACCAGAUAUUCCCUACUGUGUACGUGUAGCUGAACUCGAGGCAGGAGAUGUAUUUGGAAUGCUGACAAUACUGCCGUCUUUCAAAGAGACAAGCGUCAGUUUGGUGAGUCAAGGGGCAGAGGCAAUCAGGAUCAACAAAGCAUUCUUCGUAAAGUAUACGGAUGAAAGAGUCUUCACACAGAUUGAAAUGAGGUAUGAGCCGUACCCGACCCAGGAUGAGUGCCUGGAUGACCUUGAUUUGACCUCACAAUGGCAGAGAUUCAAAAUGAUAGAAGUCGAGCGGACCCUCCACCGAAUAGCCUCUGCUCCAAGAUGACAUCUGAAGGAUAGAAUGAUGUUAUCAAAAUUAUAUGUUCAACAUUUAUUGGGUUUGAAUCCCACCCGAGAAAUUUGUAUUGCUAACAGACAUCCGAGUCGGUGUAUAUGGGUAAAACCAAAAUGAAUAUUUAUAGAGCUAAAAUGCAGACAUAUAUCACCGGGCCUGUAUGCUUCGAUUUUAAAAGGGCAAGGGCACCAAGGCAUUUUCUCCUUGAUAAAGGGCACCCUGA